GAAUUGUGGGAACGUGGCAACGUCACCCGAAGUCGCAUCUACGGUUCUGCUACGGUUUGCACCGAGUUCAUAGUUUCCUGCUUUAUAUCUUGGCUUGCUGCUCUGUUGUACCUUCAGUAAUAUAGAUAAAUCUUCAUAGUAAUCAUGCCUGCUCCAGCAAGUAGUACAUCAGUUGGUGCUGGUCGAUCUCCAUCAUCUAAAGGAGCCAGCAGUCCCAGGGCUGGUAGUUCCAGCACUGUACGGCAGAGGAAAACAGCAUCAUCAACUGCGCCGCGGUCGACACGUACUACAGUAGGAGGAGGAGGUGGAGGAAUGUGGAGGUUCUACACUGAUGACUCUCCAGGAAUCAAAGUGGGCCCAGUGCCAGUGUUAGUAAUGAGUCUGCUUUUCAUUGCAUCUGUCUUCAUGCUGCACAUUUGGGGCAAGUACACACGAUCAUAGAAGACGAAAUAGAGCGGAUUCUGCAUUAAAGUAUAUGUGAGCCAUGCUAAAUCUUUGUGGAUUGCUUUGAAGAGGAUACAACAGUGACUGAAUGGCGACGGACAGAAGCACUUGAGGUCGUGUGUACUUGAGGGUUUUAUAAACUAGCAUUUCCAUCAUAAUGAGUAGUUUUGAGGGUGCCCUUGUUAUAGUGAGUUUUGGUAUAGGUUGGUCAAGUAUUUAUUUGAUGUAGACUCUGUUGUUGUACUAUUAAUUGUGGCUGACAUUUUCUACCUUUACGAACUACUACUACUACUACUACUGACACUGCUAUUGAAAUUGCUCCCAUGGUUGUUGGGAGGUCUCUUGUUUUGUUGGAAUCGUCUUAUUUACAUUUAAGUUAGCGUGUGUGUUAUUUACAUUACACGUUUUUAAUUCAUUAAGAGUCUAUAAGGUAGUUUGGUGCAAUUUGAUUGUGAGUUCAUCAGUAGCACAGUGCACCUAUACUGCAGGAGGGUGGAGUAAGCCAUCUUGGAUUGAAGUGCAGCUAUGCUGUAGACAGAGCUAUUCCAGCCUAUCUAUCUAUACUGGAGGGUUGGGAGGUCUAGCUCAUAGUCCCUACCUGCAGUAGUAAAUGUUUAAGCAGUCCAGUACAGGUCAUAACUGAUCGCCUUACAAAGCUCAUGCUAGCAGUAGCAUUACAGGUGGUAGACUGGAACUGUCACAUUUUCACAAGGUAGAAGAAUCAUGUGAAUAUAAGCAGUGUUGGCUGCAGUACUUGCUAAUGCAGUUUUAGAUAGUAGUGGCAUUUUGGUGGUUUAAUAGGUGACUGAUGGUCUUGUUAUACUAACUCUAGCACAUUAUAACAAUGGGCAUCGCAAUUGUCAACGUUCACAUACAGUCUUUUAUGAGCAUUCCAUUGCAAGUAUUGUGUAGACGUUGAUCCAAUGGGAAUAACAUAUUUGUUUAAAAAAAUAAAAGUAUGUAUUGUUUUU